CGCUUUAACGCACCACCUUUGUUGAGCUUGGGACGAAAGAGAGAGAGGUUGCAAGCAAUAAUGGCUGAGAAAGACAUGGCUGCUGAGAAAGACUGGAAGAUAUUCAGAGAGUGGAAGGUAGAGUACGGCAAAUCAUACCCUACUGCUGACGAGGAGAAGAGGAGAUUCGAAACCUUUCAGCAACAUCUCCGUGAAAUAGAGGCUCAUAAUUCGGGUCUAGACGCAGCAUAUUAUACCAAGGGGUUGAACCCAUUUUCUGACAUGACCUUUGAGCAAUUCAAGCUACGAUUUCUCAUGCACGAGGGCGUCAACGACGGCUUGUAUGACAGUGAGACAGAUGAACAGGAUGUCAUCCGCCAAAGUGAAGGUGAUGACCAAAAAAGAUGACGUGGCAGCUAAAAAGGUUGGCAGGUGCUCACUUGCAACCUCCAUUGCAGCCAUGUUGAUCCGACCCCGUUACACAUUGACCCUGUUUUAUAUUAAUGAUUAACUCUAUAUGAUUUCUCUUGGGGAAGGAAUAGUGUUUUACUCAUGUUAAAACAUGACGUACAAGUGAUAAAGCUUUGGUUGUUGUUUCACUUGGGCCUUUCUACAUGUAUAGAGAGAGACUUGUUAUGAGCUAA